AUGUCCUCUUUCUUCACACUUCCCUCUACUUUCUCCAAAUUCCAAUUUUACCCUUUCUCUUCUUCUUCAUGCUCUCGUCUCGUAUGUCGUGGCGCCUCCAACGUUCAACACGUGGCAAAAUAUGAUCUUGACUUCGUUUUGCAUGAUGCUCUUGAUGCUUCUGGAAUCGAUACUACACAUGCUAGAGUAAAAACUCGUGUCUUGAUUCUUCAAACUUUUACCUUUUUUUUGUGUAUGUUUGAUUAG